AUGUUAGUUAGUGGAAUUGAUAAGAUAUGUGGAAAAGUUAGCAAAUUUAAGAAUUUUGUAGCUGGUGGAUUACCUAGGUCACAGAAAUACACAGGAUUAGCAGCAGUGGCUUAUGGCGUGAUUAAAAGGACGAAUGACAUUGUUGAGGAGUUAUUGAGACAGAUUGAAUCAACAGCAAAAUCGAGAAAUGAGGCUCGUGAACAAAUGGACCAUAGGAAUUAUGAAAUUGCAAUUGAAGUUUCACAGUUAGAGUCGACGAUUAGUGGUUUGAGAGACGAGGUUGCAAAGAAAGCUUCUGUUGUUGAGAGUUUAGAGAAAUCUGUAGGUGAAAAAGAUGAGAAAUUAUCCGGGUUGGAACAGGAGAUGUUUGAGAAGCAGAAUGCAUUGAACAGUGAAGUGGUUGGAUUGAAAAAUUUGGUGAGUGAAUAUGAGGGUAAGUUGAGUAGUUCAGAAACAAAGCUAGAAAUGCAAAGAUCAUUAUUUGCUGAGCAGUUGAAAUAUGUUACAAAAAUACACAAACAGAUUUAUAAUGCUGUUAAAGUUGUUGAUGCGAGGAAGGCAUCUAAGUUGUCGGAAUCCUUGUUUCUUGCUCAAGAGAUGGACAUGGAAGAGAAUAUAAGGGCAGUUUUAGCAGGAUUGGAAUCUAUAUAUGACAUUAGUGAAUUUGUUGUCCAGAAAACAAGGGAUUUGCUAGAGGAGAGGAGCCAUGAAGUGAAAAGCCUAAAUGAGUCAGUUUCUCAGUUAGUAAAAGAAAAAGAACAAAUUGGGUCUUUACUGAGAAGUGCUCUUUCAAAGAGAAUCUCAGUAGAUUUAUCAUCCAAAACAAAUGAAUUGCUACUUGCAGUAAUACCCGGGGGAAUUUUGAAGAUUGUUCCUCAAUCUUCAGUGUAG